CAGUGACACUUAGAGAUUGACUCAGAGCUCAUCAACUACCCAUGGUACUCUCAUGGCUCUCUAUAUGGCUCCCUGUGAGCUUCCCCAGGUUGUGGUUGUGGUCCACUGCCCUGGUCCUGGCUCUGGGCCUUCUCCAGUUGACCAGGCUGUUGGCCAGGAGGCAGAAACUACUGCGAGCACUGGACAGCUUCCCUGGGCCACCUAUCCAUUGGCUCUUCGGGCAUGCUAAAGAGAUUAAAGGUGAAGGGGCCCUGGACAAGAUAAUAUCAUGGGCCAACACUUACCCCUCUGCCCAUCCUUUGUGGUUUGGGAGAUUUAUUGGUUUUCUGAACAUCUACGACCCUGACUACGCCAAGGCUGUAUAUAGCCGAGGAGACCCUAAAGCUUGGGAUAUAUACGGUUUCUUCAUACCAUGGAUUGGGAAAGGGCUGCUGGUCCUGGAGGGACCCAAGUGGUUCCAACAUAGGAAACUGCUCACACCUGCCUUCCACAAUGCAGUCCUGAAGUCCUAUGUGGGCCUGUUUGCAGAGUCUACACAAGACAUGCUGGACAAAUGGGAGAAGAAGGUUCGUGUGAAUAAGUGUGUGGAGAUCUUUAAUGAUGUGGGCUUCAUGGCUCUGGACACUCUGAUGAAAUGCAUCUUUGGGAAGACAAGCCGUGGCCAAACCAAGAGUGACACUGAUUAUUACCUGGCUAUUGCUGACCUCACCCUGCUGAUGCAAGAGCGAGUCCAUGCCUUCCAGUAUCAUAAUGAUUUCCUCUACUGGCUCACACCCCACGGGCGUAACUUUCUGAGGGCCUGCAAGGUUGCCCAUGAUCACACAGACAAAGUGAUUAGGGAAAGAAAAGCUGUCCUGAAGGGAGAGAUGCUGGAGAAGACCCAGAAGAAGAGACAUUUGGAUUUCCUGGAUAUUCUCCUGGGAGUCAAGGAUGAGAACAAGAUCCACAUGUCAGACAUGGACCUGCGGGCUGAAGUGGAUACAUUCAUGUUUGAAGGCCAUGACACCACCACCAGCAGCAUCUCCUGGUUCCUGUACUGCAUGGCCCUCUACCCAGAGCACCAGAACCGCUGCCGGAAGGAGAUCCAGGAAAUCCUACAGGGUCGGGACACUGUCCAGUGGGAAGACCUGGGGAAAAUGACCUACCUCACUCUAUGCAUCAAAGAGAGCUUCCGCCUGUUUCCAGCUGUACCCCAGGUAUACCGUCAACUAAGCAAGCCUGUUACCUUCGCAGAUGGGAGGUCACUACCUGAAGGAAGCCUGGUUUCUUUGCACAUUUAUGCUCUUCACAGGAAUCACACUGUGUGGACUGACCCUGAGGUAUUUGACCCCCAGCGUUUCACUCCUGAGAAUACCUCAACACGUCAUCCCUUUGCCUUCCUGCCCUUCUCAGCUGGGCCCAGGAACUGCAUUGGGCAGCAGUUUGCCAUGAUGGAGAUGAAGGUGGUCACAGCCCUCUGCCUGCUCCACUUUGAGUUCUCCCCAGACCCCACUCAGCCACCCAUCAAGCAAACACAACUGAUUCUGCGUUCCAAGAAUGGCAUUCACCUCAACAUGAAUAAACUAAAGAUGAACACUAGAGCUCCUUCCCAGGCCCCCAGGGAAAAUAUGGAGCAAUUGGUUGGUGAAGCAUAGGCAGGGUUCCUACCUGCCCACCCCUUAUCUCAUAGGAGCUCAUACUCCAGAGUGAAAAUGGAGAUAGACAUAGAGAUUUAAGAGAACAUAUAUUGGUUGUAUGUAUGCAUUAAUGAAAGGGUUAGUGGCCAUUAGGAACUCAGAGUUUCUUAGGGAAGGAAAUGGGGAAAUAGUGGGGACUAUUGGGGUCCAUAUGGAGGUCCACUUCUAGGUCUACAGAUACCAUAUUAACACAUAUAUAUUAACAUGCAUAUCCACUUGUUACCUGUCAUUUGAUUCAAUAUCCAUCUUUUAUUAAUCACUUCCUUGUGUAGGGCCCUCUGCUUAGUGCUGGGAAGCCAACAAUGAUGCCCUCAAGGAGUUUAUAUUCUACUGGCGAGAAGCAAUAUAUGUUCAGCCAUGUUUUAUAUAAGAAAGUAGAAACAGGAGAACAAGGGAGAGAUUCGGGUUAAGGGGAUCUAGGAGCAGAAUAUCUUACUUUCAGUUAGGAGAUUAGAGAAAACGUCCUGGAGAGGUGAUACUGAAGCUUAACUUUGAAAGAAGAGCACGUAUAUGUAUUUUGUACAAAUCCUGGAAUGCCUGAUUUAUCCAUUAUUGCCAGAACACAUUCCAAGGGUAUCAUAUUCUCCCCUGCCUUUAUUUUCUAAUAUUUAAAUAUUGCUAGUAGCUACAACCUUGUCUUUGGGACCCUUCCUACCCCUACUUCCCUUCUCCCAUGACUCAGUAGAGAUGGCCUAAAACUUCAUCCUGUUGUAGCCAUUGCGGGGUUGUCAUGUGAAUAGCACUGUUCUUUGGAUAGUAGACCCAUUCUCUAUCUUUGGAACCAUACCGAAGCCCAUUUAAUUGGGGAGAAUGCACCAGAGCUCAUGGACUUCCCCCCUCUAUGGCAGGAAGAAGUUUUGGCAGAAUCCAUUAGCAAAAGGGGUAAUAAUAGAGAUGAGUAAAAUACAAGAAAUAAGGUGCUAUAAGAAAAAGUGCUUCUGGAACAAUGGACAAAAAAGGACUACUUUCAAUCCGAGAGAUCAAGGAAGACCCCAAGGAGAGAAAUCUUCAAAGAAGAGCUAAUCAGUAAUGCAAUGAUCCAGGACAAUUCUGAGGGACUUAUGAGAAAGAAGCUAUCCACAUUCAGAGGAAGAACUGUGGGAGUAGAAACACAGAAGGAAAACAACUGCUUGACCAUAUGGGUCGAUGGGGAUAUGACGGGGGUUGUAGACUCUAAACGAUCACCCUAGUGCAAAUAUUAAUAUGGAAAUAAGUCUUGAUCAAUGACACAUGUAAAAACCAGUGGAAUUGCACAUCAGCUAUGGGAGGAGAGGGGGACAGAGGAGGGGAGGGAAAAGAAUAUGAAUCAUGUAACCAUGGAACAAUAUUCUAAAUCAAUUAAAUAAAAUUUUUCAAUUAAAAAAAAAAACAAAAUGCAGAGAGAAAAAAAGAAGAGCUACUUUAUGUAUGUUGUAGUUGCCAUGC